AUGGGGACAACCACCUCAGGGUAUUUUGGGGUCAGUAUUUUGGGGUCCUUGGAGUCUUUGGGGACGUUCACCUCAGUGCAUCCCCAUCCCGGUCCCCUGACUGCAGUUGUCCCCCGCUGUCCCCUGUCCCUACAGGUGCCGGUCAAGCUGCUGCCGCAGGUGGUGGGGAAGCACUUUGUGUCGGUGGUGGCACGGGUGGGACAGGUGACCCUGGAGAAGGUGCUGCUGGUGUCCCUACAGAGCGGCCACAUCUUCCUGCAGACCGACAAACCCAUCUACACCCCCGGCUCCACCGUGCUCUGCCGUCUCUUCGCCCUGAGUCGCUUCAUGCAGCCUCUGCUGAAGACGGUGAUCGUGGAGGUCAAGACACCCGAUAACGUCAUCAUCAAACAAGUGCCCGUGUCGUCCCCCAUGAGGAAUGGGAUCUUCUCCAUUAACCACAACCUGCCGGAGGUGGUCAGCCUGGGGACGUGGACAAUCACGGCCAAAUUUGAAGACUCGCAGGAUCAGGUCUUCAGCACGCAAUUUGAAGUCAAGGAAUACGUGCUGCCAAGCUUUGAGGUGACUCUGGAUCCACAGGAGAAGUUUCUCUACAUUGACCGGCAGGAGAAUUUCCGGGUGUCCAUCACAGCCAGGUGGG